GCGUAGGGUUACAAAACCAGUGGAGUCUCCCCGCUGACCGUGAAUACAAAGAGCUGCGCAGUAUCCAUCUUCAAAGCUCUUCUACUGGUUGCAGCACUGGUUUUUCCUGGGUCACAGCUAAACAACACGAACUCACAAUGCCUUCUACCAGAUCACUCGUCGCUGUCGGCGCGACAAUUGGACAAGCUUUGGCAAAUGCCGUGCCCAAAUAUGCCCAGAUUGUUGACCAGAAAAGCUUCAAUGUUCUGCCUGUCGUCCCACCUGCCGUCGAAUUCAAUGCAACCAACCUGUUUAUAUGGCCUGGCGCAACCGCGGAAUCACUCCUAGCCAAACCUUUCCACAUUUACGACCCAGAAUUCUACGAUGUGAUUGGCAAUGAUCCGUCUCUGACUACCAUCGCAACCUCACCAUCGGAUCCUCUCUUCCACGAGGCCGUAACGUGGUACCCUCCUACCAACGAAGUUUUCUUCGUUCAAAACGCCGGACCACCUGCUGCAGGUACUGGAUUGAACAAGUCUGCUAUCAUCCAAAAAGUCGCCAUCGCCGAUGCCGAGAGGGUGCGCAAAGGAACUCUGAAGUCGGCGCCCAUCUCAAUUGUCAACACAUCGAACCCUCAGAUCAUCAACCCCAAUGGUGCUACCAUGUAUAAAGGAAAGCUUAUUUUCGCUGGUGAGGGUCAGGGUGACCGUGUGCCAUCAGCUCUUUACGUCAUGGACCCUACUCCACCUUACAAGACUACUACUCUUCUCAACAACUUUUUUGGCCGCCAGUUCAAUUCGCUCAAUGACCUUGUUGUCAACCCUAUGAACGGUGAUCUCUACUUCACUGACACAAUCUACGGCUAUGUCCAGGCCUUCCGUCCCUACCCUGGCAUUCAACAGCAAGUGUACCGUUACAACUUCAACACCGGUGCUAUCACCGUUGUAGCCGAUGGAAUCGAGCACCCCAACGGAAUCGCAUUUUCCCCUGAUGGCAAGAAGGCCUAUGUUACUGAUACCGGUAUUGCCAAUGCCAACUUCGGCCUCAAUCUGACCGCCCCUGCAUCCGUCUACUCUUUUGAUGUUACCAAGGAUGGUACUUUCAACAACCGCCAGACUUUCGCCUUCACCCCAGCCUUCAUCCCAGAUGGUAUCAAGAACGACUCUAAGGGUCGAGUAUACGUUGGUUGCGGCGACGGCGUCUGGGUCUACAACGCCGCUGCCAAGCUUAUUGGCAAGAUCUAUACUGGAACGACUGCUGCCAACUUCCAAUUUGCUGGAAACGGCCGCAUGAUCAUUACUGGACAGACCAAGCUGUUCUACGCCACCCUGUCUUCUUCCACCACCGGCACAGCAAUCCAAUAGACGCACGUAUAUGUAGUACCUUAGACUUGUUGCAUUUGUACAGUAGCGCAAUACCGAGAAGACCUCAUGAGUCGUGUAUCGGGUCGAUAUAUUCAAAACAUAAUGUAAUGUCGAUUUCUGAACCAAUAGAUCCAUGCUGCAUGUAUGUGGUACAAAUGUAUGACGGAAAUGAGUG